GUGGCUACUCGUCGGGCUGGGACCAAAUAGGCUUUGGCGGAUAGAGAAAGUAGGCCAAACCGAGGCCUCUCAAUAUGAGUUAUUGACUCCGUCGAUCUCCAACCCUAACUCGCCCCGAUUCGACUCAGACCGACGACGACGACGGUUUCCGGCGUUCUUUUUCCCUCGAUCGCCGCUCAACCCCCUUCUUGCCAUGCGACGCUGGUUCGCUGCUCGGAUCUCCCUCUCAACAGAGGACUCCUUUGAAUUCUCCGCCCAAACUUCUCUCACUUUCUUCUCUGAGUUCCGCCAUGGCCGCCGACGCUCAUAGUCCCACUCCCAAGGGCGUCCUCCGCAAUGCCGGCGCUGGUGCUGCUGCUGGGGUUAUCGCCGCGACGUUUGUGUGUCCUCUCGAUGUGAUCAAGACUAGGUUUCAAGUUCAUGGGAUUCCAACUCUCAAUCAUGGAAAUAUUAAAGGUAGUCUCAUAGUUGGAAGUUUGGAACAAAUAUUUCGCAAGGAGGGGUUACGUGGAAUGUAUCGUGGUCUCGCUCCCACUGUCCUGGCAUUACUUCCCAACUGGGCUGUUUAUUUUUCUAUGUAUGAGCAGCUCAAAAGCUUGCUUUGCUCUGAUGACGAGCAUCAUCAACUUUCUGUUGGCGCUAAUGUGAUAGCUGCUUCUUGUGCUGGAGCUGCAACAAUUAUUGCUACAAAUCCACUUUGGGUCGUCAAGACAAGACUUCAGACUCAAGGAAUGAGACCUGGUGUAGUUCCAUACAGGAGUACUCUUUCUGCUUUGAGUAGAAUAGCUCAUGAGGAAGGCAUCCGUGGAUUGUACAGUGGUCUAGUGCCUGCUUUGGCUGGUAUCAGUCACGUCGCCAUCCAAUUUCCAACAUAUGAGAGAAUAAAACUCUAUUUGGCUGAUCGAGAAAAUACUACGAUGGACAAACUCAGCGCACGUGAUGUGGCCAUUGCCUCAUCUAUCUCGAAAAUAUUUGCUUCCACGUUGACAUAUCCACAUGAGGUGGUGCGCUCGAGGCUUCAAGAACAAGGCCAUCACUCCGAGAAGCGAUAUUCUGGUGUAGCCGAUUGCGUCAAAAAAGUAUUUCAACAAGACGGCCUUCCUGGAUUUUACCGGGGUUGUGCCACCAACCUUCUGAGAACUACUCCAGCUGCUGUAAUUACAUUCACCAGCUUUGAGAUGAUUCACCGUUUUCUUGUCUCAUCAUUCCCUUCUGAUCCACAGCCUCACACAUUGUGAUGAUGGAACAUGCUGGUUUGAGGAAAUACAUGUUGUCAAGCACCUAGCGGUUUAGCAUUGCAGCCGAGUUAGUCGGCCCGACCAGAAAUUGUCCCAUUGACGAUGCAAUUCAUACAUUACAGCAUCAAAUUGUUUUUUGGUAGCUUUUUCAACAAUUAGAUUAUUUUAGACAUAUUGAGGCCUCAUCCUCUCCUGGAACUUUUGUAACAUCAAAGUGUUACGGGGGGAAAGUGAGGAUCAUGUCAAUAUACACAGUGAUGAUGACGAUUAAUGUGGUUAAAGAAUAGACUUGAACGAUUAUAUCAUUUUCCGAUGAUCGACUCGGGGGAAAAGUAAUUUGUCAUGAUUGAUUGGU